GUUGGAGAAAAAAUGACGAAACUUGCAAUUUACACGAUACUCGUAUAAAAACAUCACACACUGACAAGCCAUCGAUGCUUGCCGCCUGGAAAACAGUCGAACUCUGCGAGCGGCACUUGUGAGAGCGAACGAGCCGACGCAGUUCGCGGUCUCGCGGGACUUCCCGUAGACAGAUUCGCUCGUCGAGACCGCGCUUGUCACAACUGAGUCGGACUGCAGACGUUCUCCGGUAGCGUGUGGCGUGUCAGAAUCUUUUGGAAUCAAAUUUGUGCCGAAUAAAUCAUAACGUACCUGAGUAAAGGAAUCACGAAAAGUUCAAGGGACAUAUAUGAACUUUCAAAUUCAAAACUAUGUUGGCUUGCAAAAAACUUGCUGACCUACUCCAAAAAGAACAAAGGUCCAGGUUUCUCCAUAAAUCUUGAAGAAUCUGAAGAGUGCAUGGAAAAACUUGCAGUAGUGAUUAAAUGUGUAGACAAGGAAAAAAAUGCAUAUGUUUUUGUGCCUAAUGAAACAACACCUGUACCCAUGGAAGUGGCUUUAAUGAUGAUGGUAAAUAGACCUCCAACAUGUCCAAACAUCAUUCGGCUUUUGGACUGGACUGAGACAGCCUCAGUAUAUAUUAUGGUUAUUGAGAGACCAUUUUUUUGCCAGGACCUGUCUGAUUUUAUGCAUUCCCAAGGUGGAAAACUAUCAGAACCAGUGGCAAAGUGUUUUUUUAAGCAAAUAACCGAGGCAGUUCAGUACUGUCACUUCAAAGGUGUAUUCCAUAACGAUGUGAAGAAGGAAAAUAUAUUGGUGGUCACUGGGACAUUCCAGUUAAAGCUGAUUGACUUUGGGUGUGGCUUUUUUUUGAAGGACACAGAGUACAGUGGCCAUGUUGGCACAAUACCUUAUUUUGCCCCAGAGAGAUUUCUUUAUAACACAUUUCGAGCAAUUCCAAGCACUGUCUGGACUUUGGGUGUCAACCUGUUUGAAAUGGUCAGUGGGUUCCUGCCAUUUAGUAGUAUAGAUGACAUCUUAAGAAACACUCCCCCUUUUCUUUUUGGAAUUUCUGAAGGUGAGAUGAAAAAAAAAACCACAGAUUUAAUGGUUAACUAUUUCAAAUUUAUCCCCUUUUUUAAAUUUUUCUCAACGUCAAUCCUCAUUCUAGAAUGCCGGGAUCUGAUCAAAUGUUGCCUUACAUUUGACUCAAAUCAGCGUCCCUGCCUGGAAGAUUUACUUCGUCACAAGUGGUUACAGUAGAAGUGGCCUUAGUGUAAGUAGUGUGCAGCCUUUUUUUAAACAGGUUGACGCCAACAAUUUUCUUCUUGAGCCACUGUUGAUUGAAAAUACUUUUAAGGAGAAAAUGUUGGUUAAAGGUUUCAGCAUGUUGAGCUUUUUUAUGGUUACUUGGCAAACUUGCCUUCCUUUGUAAUUUGCUGUCUGAUUUUUAUUCAAAACCUAAUUUAGGUCUGUGCUGCCUCACAAUAGUAUGGUGUUGCUGAUGCUGUAGGUGCAUUACUCAACAAAUGCUGAAUUGAAUCAAAUCCUGCACUAGUGACACUGUUUGAUGCAGAUCAAGCCAUAGUGUAAACACUGCACCAGAUAAUGCUGCAGCAUGCCCUGGAAAGCAAUUCAGAAAUCUUAAUUGGUUUGACUUAGUUUAUAACUGGCAUGGAUAUUUGAAUGAGCUGAGAUCCUCACUGCAGCUCUAAAGGCAAGAGCAGCACAGCAGCUAAAUAAAUCUUCUCUGCAAGAUGUUUUUUCAUUUCAUCACCUUUUUUUUUUUUUUUUUGCUCUUGCAGUUGCUAAUAUUUUAUUCAAUAAAAUAUCCAACAAUAUUCAACAGUAUUGAUAUUGAUUAUUUUUAGCAUGUAUGGAAAUAUAUUGUAUUCAGGUUUCAGUCAUGGCUUUCUAGUUUACAUAUUCAAAAUUCUUCAUAAAGCAAGAUUUCUUCAUACACUUUUUGAAUAUGAUAGAAUUAGGAAAUGUGUGACGUGAAGGUUUCUGUAAUUUCACUGAAUAAAAAAUC